AUGGAAGUGGUCAAGAAGAUGUCCUUGCCGGAGAGUGCCAAGGACUUGGACGCUAGGUCCAUGCCGCGAGUGUUGUCGGACAACUUGUUCGUCGAGAGCACCUCCGGCCUCACUGAACAAGAAGUGCGGAGCGCAGUGAGCACGUCGCUUAGUGUAGAGGACGAUGAAGAGGUCUUUAGGGAAGAGGUAGAACUCGAGAUGGAAGAGGUAACACGGAGAACAUGUCAAGAGUACACGUCGAAGACGACGUGUCCAGUGAAGAGGAAGACCAGGACGGUAGGCAAGAGUCGUGCAUGACAUCUACGAUUUCAGAGGCCGAGGUUCGCUCUCGUCUCGAGGAUGUCCGCUCCUAUUUGUACGCGAACGGAAGAGACGGCGAGUACAGCGAAACGGUGUACCUUCUUUCGAAGACUGUGCAUUCGUUCACUCAUGAAACUCAAGUCAAGCGAAGAACGAAGGAGGGGGGUGAGGUGCAGGCGACUCUUCGGGAUGUGUGGGCGACGUAGUUUUUGGUGUUUGAGGACAACACACUUGGCAGCCCACAUUCAUUGUUUGGGAUUUUUUUGCCUUUCUCGUGGAGUUAAAUUUUGGCAUUUUUUGUUUUGUGUUUUUGCCUCGUGUUGACCUUUGGGGAAGAGCGGUGUUCUCUUUUCGGUGGGUUUGCCCGAUUUUUUGUAUGUUGUGGUCUGCGCUACCGACCGUUUCCUAGUGUCCCUCAGAUCCCUCUAAGGGGUCGACUGGGUUUGUUUGGUCCCUAUGUGGCAGGUAACUUGCGUGUAUCGUAU